ACUGGAAGGCAACAUUUUCAUCAAAGGUUUUCUAUCAAAAGGGUGUGGGGCCAACUGCGCAUGUGUGAGCCAGCUCGGAAGCCAAGUCGGGUUUUAACCAAAGGGUUUACAUCAAAAACUGAACGUAAAAAGAAACAUGUCAGGAUUUCUGGACGGAAUCCGCUGCGGAGACUGUGAAUGCAACGUUGACUGGGGAGAAAGGAGGAACACCAUCGCAUCUAUAGCUGCAGGAGUUCUGUUCUUCACAGGUUGGUGGAUCAUCAUUGACGCAGCAGUGAAAUAUCCAGAUGAGGUGCAGUUUCAUCACGCUUACCACACAUGUGGAGUUAUAGCCACAGUGGCCUUUCUCAUGAUAAAUGCCGUCUCAAAUGGCCAGGUGAGAGGGGACAGCUAUAGCGAAGGCUGCCUGGGACAGAUAGGCGCCAGAGUCUGGCUCUUUAUCGGCUUCAUGCUAGCUUUCGGCUCCCUCAUCGCCUCCAUGUGGAUUCUCUUUGGAGGAUUCGUCGUGCCUGGGAAGGAAUUUGUGUACCCUGGUAUUGCCAUUUUCUUCCAAAAUGCAUUCAUUUUCUUUGGGGGUUUGGUCUUCAAGUUUGGGCGCACGGAGGAUCUCUGGCAGUAACAGUCUGUGUGUCUUCACGUCCACGGGGUUACAUUCUGCUUUCCGUACUGUUUCAGACUCCAGCGGUUAUUCACUUUAUAUAUGUAUGUAAACAUUUUUUUAGCUUUUCCCUUUGUAAGUUGUCAUUUGCUGUAAAUGCGCUAAAGCACAAGAUUUCAAAGGUUCUUUGGAAGUUUAAACAUUUUCAAAUGUGGCACGUCUUCACUUGUGUCGGUUUGCACUCAGACUGUCGCCAAGUUGUUAAAAUAGUUUACGACUUGUGUAUAACAGAAUUUAUGUACCGGAGCUUUACUAUCACUUUCCCUUGGAGUAAACUUACCUCUGUAAUUCAAAAUGCUUUGUAAUUUAAACUUUGACUGUUAAUAUGGUGACUAUUGAGAAUUAACAGCAUCCGUUUGUAAAAAAAAAAAAAAAAAAUCUAGUUAAACAGGGGUUCUUUGUUUUAUUAUUGUAACACUAUCUGCUCUCAGAUAAUUUGGUUUUAUUGGGGAAUUUUACAAAGCCACACUACAGAUCCACUCAACCAAUGGAUUCUCAAAAAUAGGGUUUUAAUUUGCUUCAACAGGUUUGCAGGAGCAUCUGUUCAUUCUAGUGUCACAUCUGUCCGUUUCUGACAUUUGCAUCAUUAAACAGAAAUAUGCAAAUGAUCAGUUAA